AUGGACACCGGUGUUGUAGCUCGCCCUCCAUACUUCGUGUCCGCACGAGAUCUUCUUAAAACUGGGUCAUUGGAUGAAGACCGUCCUCUCCCACAAGAUCGUCCACGAUCCUUCGUGAGAUUCCCAUCAGAUUGGACACUAUCUAACACGGAUGGGAAGGGUGGAGUCUUUGAUGGUGUAGCAAGUGGAUCUGGCGCGGGAGGAGCAAAAAAGCGUAAGAGAGAAGAUUGGGGAAUGGAGAGAGACCCUAUCUCGAUGUCCACCUCAGGCUCAAACUCAGGCUCCACUUUCGUAAAAUUCAAGCUGAACGACGCAAAAGGGAAGGGAAGGGAAACGAGGAUGACCUCUACGUCACGUCAUAACGACACGAAAGCAGUGACGAUAUCUCGUUCGAGCACAGGUGCGAAAGCAACCACCGCAACGUCGACAAGUCUGAAGAGCACAG